CUCCGGCCGCCGCUCUGGCCGUACCCGCGAAGUGCCCGCCCCGAGCCGCGAUGGCCGCGGUUUCCUCAGGGACGGCGUAGCAGCUGCCCCCGCCGGGCCCAGCGCUCCCUGCGCUGCCCUCACCCCCGCUCGGACCGGCCAUGGCGCGGCCUGAGGCCGGUUAUGAGGCGGCGGUGCCGCCCCGCCCCGCCUGCACCUACACCAGCUGCUACUGCGAAGAAAAUGUUUGGAAGCUAUGUGACUACAUCAGGAGUCAGGAUCGGUAUCCUUUGGAAGAAUUUUAUGCUGUUUUCAUAUCCAAUGAUAGGAGGAUGAUUCCACUCUGGAAGCAGAAAUCUGGACGUGGAGAUGAUCCUGUUGUCUGGGACUACCAUGUUAUUCUACUUCAUGUUUCCAGUGGGGAGCAGAACUUCAUUUAUGAUCUUGACACAGUGUUGCCAUUUCCAUGUCCUUUUGAUGUGUACAGUGUGGAGGCCUUUAGGUUGGAUGACAGCCUUCAUCCAGAGUUUCACAGAAAACUCAGAAUGAUUCGAGCAGAUCUGUACUUGAAGACAUUUGCUUCAGACAGGUCUCAUAUGAAGGAUGCAAAUGGGAAAUGGCAGAAACCUCCUCCUCCAUACCCUUGCAUUGAAACUGCAGCAGCCACCAAAGCCAGUGGGGAUCCCAGGAGAGCAGAACAGCAGAGCCUGGGCUGAGCGGCGCGGAGGAUCCUUGGGAAGGCUUUGUUGCUCUGCCAUAGGGGUAUUAAUGUUUCUGGCCAGCUGACAGCAUGUGUGGCAAACAUAAACAAUUGGCUCCAGCAAAGAGAUGCAGAUGAGGGAGGUGAGUUGUGCACAUGAUGGAAAGGGUCCCUGCAGCAGCACCCGGCUGGUCACGGCCCCAAUAGCACCCUGGCACGGAGGAGGGUACAGGGACAUGCAGCCAUCCGGGAAGGACAGUGCCUUUGAGUGGAACAGGCACUUGCUUGAUGCUUCUGCAGCCUUCUGGGGUCCAGGGAGUGUUAAGAAACUGUGUAAAUGCACCACUGGGGGCACAUUAGGGGGCCGAGGAAAGUGCUCAGAGCAGUCUGGAAGAUGCUUGCAGCACCGGUUUUGACCAUGGUGUAUUUUGCAUCAAAACAGCAGCAAUUUUGCAGGGAAUGAGGGAAUUAGUGGGUGAAGAGUACCCAGGCCUCUGAUUUCCAGCUCUUUCCAAGCAGGCCAGCUGUCCACAGCAAUUCUGGCUUAAUUCAUGCUCUGGGGUCAUUACAGCAAUCUUUAAAAGCUGGAGCCUUAUCCUGUACAUCCUCAGCCUCAGCAGUAUUCCUGUGCUGCUCCCUGGGGCCAAUGAGCCUUUGAGCUCUUACUUUCCUGAAGGGCCAAGCAAGGGAAUUUUGCAUUUUUUCAGCCUCUAAUCCAAAUAAACAAAAAAUAAUUUUGUAAAUAUUUCAAAAAUACCUUGAAGCCUUAGGCAGCCUGAGGAGAAGGGGUACAAGGUGCUGUUUGGCCCAGGGAUGUUACAAACAUCUCUGACUGGCUCAUGGAGCUGCAGGAUGGGUGUUGUGUAGUGGCUGCUCUCUUGCAGCUGCCACAAGAGCUUGUGCAUGUGUGUGAAAUGGGCUCACUUGGCUUUUCCUUCUUCCGAAUGUUCAGCAUAAGCAGGGAAUAAUAAAAUUCAAUUUUUCCACAGGGACCAGAGGAAACAAAUUACUGCCUGGGUGUAGCUGAGGACAGAGUCUCGUACAUUAUUUUCUGUGUAAUAAUUCCCAUGAGGCCUUGUGGAAACCCAGCUUUUUUUUUUUUCCCUUCUUAUUUUUCUACUUCCUUAAACUUUCUAAAAUAUUCUGCUGUAACGUAUUUUACUCAGUCCCAUGAGAUAGUGGGGAGAGAAGAGGUUAAAUUCUCCUUUUGUACUAUAAUGUAAUUCAUUUCCUGUUUUUCACAACUGUCUAGACACAGAUCUAACAAGCAUUAACCCUGAAUCCCACCAUUGGAUUAAAAAUAGAGGCUUUAAAAAUAAAAGUGUGUGGUAAGAGUAAGAUUGUGUGUUUCUACCUACCACCAGGAGACAGUGCUUUUAAAUGAGAACCAUUUAAUUAGCUAUAAGUAACAAAAAAAAAUUACUUCAGUAAUUCACAGGUUUAAAAAAAGCUUCUGGUUGCUUUAUAUAGACCAGCAGUAACACAGGCCUUGCUGAGCUGUGGCAUGGGCAGGUUGAUUCCUCCUCAGGAGUUAUAUUUAUCUGGAUUUACACCUCCAGCUAUAUUAAAAAAAAAAGAAAGAAUAAAUUCCACUUCAGUCAGAGAGCUAUAAAAAGAUUGGGAGAAAUUAAUUUAAGAGAAGAUCAAUGCUGAAAUCCAUGGUCAGCUUCUAGUUAAAGACCCAUGGACAAAAUGUGCCCCAAACCCCAAGGGAAAAAGUGAUGGCCAUGGUAGCAAGAGACACCUCAUGCUGGGAAGGCAAGGCCACAGAGUGUGGGGUCCCAGCCCAGCCCAGCCCAGCAUUGGAAUGCUUGCAGUCAUGACCAGACCCAGAGGGGCUCUCAUCAGCUUAGGCUGGAUCAUGUUUGGGCUGGAGGCUGGUCCCAGGCUGAGCCAGGCAAUUGCCCCUUGUGGGUGUGCAGUCUCCUCUGACACUUCCCACCGGCUGGACUGUCACACUGGAGUGAGAGGAAGGAGAGAAGAGAUUUCUAGCUUGGAACAUGAGCUAAAUCCCUCACAAAAGUGAGAGUUUUACUUGUGGAGGGAAAGCAAGAAAAAGCAAUAUUGUAGCCCACCCCAGCUUGGCACAGGGUGCAGACAGGGAGCGAGGCAGUUUCUUGGCUGACAGUUUAUUACACACACCUUUCACAUCAAAGAUUACUCACAGAGACACCGUAUUUCAUGUACUUCAAGAAUAAAAAUAAAUGCUGAUAAGAAGCAAUUUAACCCAAUUCUUAAAAGCCCUGCUAAAAUAAGUCAAAAUUCCUGGUGUGUUGUGACAAGGAGGAACUUGCAUUUCCUGCACUGACUGCAUUUCUCUGUCUACGAAUGCAUAUCCCAGGGUGGUUUGUUUAUUUAUCCUGUGAAGCUGGGAGUGGGUGUCUUUCCUGUCCCACCACCCACUUGUAGCCACUGCAUGAAAGCAGCAGCACCUUUAGGGAGCUCUGGGAUGGACCUGGCACCUCAGCUGAAAACCUGUGUGUGCUGCUGUCUGUAUUCAAGGUCUGUUCUGAGCAGGACUGAAAUUAUCCAAGGAAAACAUGAAAAAGACAUUUGUUUGUUUUCAAAAAAAAAGUGCAGUAUACUAUGCAUCAAGAAUGGUGAGGAGUGAACUGGUGUCCUUCCAUCUUAGUGAAGGCCUUAGAACCCACGAGUUAUUUACAGAGCCUUUUGGAAAGCAGCUCUUUCCAAUUUCUUCAAUUUUGAUCACAGGAACAGCUCAGGUUUUGUCAAAAAUAAAGCAAUCCCUCACACGGUUCACUGGGGUUCAC